GAGACACGUUUUGUCGGACAGCUCCUCUUCUCUGCGACUGUCUUCAUACCCAGAAAUUCCAUACAAAAAGCUCCUCGGACCAGACCAUGGGAGGUGGGUCUCUGGGUCGUGCAGGAGGGCUUCCUGCUCUGCAAGCGCGAUGAUCCUGCAUCCCUACGCAGUGGAGGCACGAAGCCUCCCAAUUGGAAGCCAACCAUCAGCAGCAAGACCCUCAAAGAGCUCUACGUAGUGCUCACAAUGAACCGCAAGCUUGAGUUCUUCGACGGCAGCGACAUCGAGACACGCAGCAAGGUAGACUCUGCCUAUCUGCAAGGCUUCGGUGGCUGGGACGGAGACGGUCUACUUAAAGUAGACUCGUACGGACUGGAGCUUAAAGUAGAGCGCAACGCCAAGUCGCGGAUGCAUCUGGCAGCUUUUAACCGCGUGGACCUUAUCUUUUGGAUUAAUUAA